GAGAUUUCUAGGGUUUCUCUUCAAGUUUUGCAAAUUUCUCUGGAGAGGUCGGAGAAGAGAGAAAGCCACGUUGCUUGAAACCCAAGCUUCGUCUAAAGGAUGUCACACGAAGUUUCAGAAGCUAUGAGUUUACUCGAUGGCCUUUCUUCGGAAGAUCAUUCAAUACAGCUUGAAUCCGCCACCAAGAUCACCAGGCUUCUAUCAGAUGCAAUGCAAGGAAACAGCCCUCUUAAUACCGAAGUUGUAGCUCGUUUCGUUUACCUUCUUCGCAAUGACAAGCGCCCUUUGCUUCAAUGUGAAGCAGCUCGCGGUCUAACAAUCAUUGCUGCUUAUAAACCGGAUGUGGUAGUUGAUCACGAUGCUGGUCCAAUUUUAGUCACGCUUCUUGCUUCUUCUAGAGAUUAUGUCCGUGAGCAGGCUAUAUGGGCACUGGGUAAUCUUGCUUAUUAUCCGAUACACCGUGACUACGUUCUUGGAUGUGAGGUAUUGAAGCCACUGCUGAGUCAGCUGUACACGGAUACUAACUUGUCGAUGCUCAGAAUUGCCACUCGGACUUUGUCUAACUUGUGUCAUGGCAUGCCUCCGCCUACCUUUGACGAGGUGAAACCUGCACUUGAAAUACAUCUUAAUUCAAGUGAUGAAGAAGUCUUGAGUAAUGUUUGCUUGGCAAUUGCGCAUCUGUGUGAUGGUUCAGAAGAUGUAAUCCAAAGUGUGAUUGAAGCUGGUUUUGUCCCAAAACUAGUUGAAGUUCUCCGACACCCUUCCCCAGUUGUACUUGCUCCUGUACUUCAUACCAUUGGGACUAUAGUUGCUGUAAAUAAUCACCAGAGCCAAAUUGUGAUCAAUUGUGGUGCUUUACCCAUUCUUGCCAACCUGUUUACUCGAGACUAUGAGAAAGACAUAAAGAUAAACACUUUCUGGACUAUUAUAAGGAUCACUGUAGGCUUUAAAGAACAACUUCAGUCAGUAAUUGAUGCAAAUUUGAUUCCAACCUUGGUCAAUCUGGCUCAACAUGCUGAAUUUGACAUGAAGAAACUAGCUGUAUGGUCAAUAUCAUAUGCAACCUCAGGUGGUUCUCAUGAUCAAAUCAAAUACUUAGUGGAGCAGGGUUGCGUAAAACCUUUAUGUGAUCUCCUGGUAUGUUCAUAUGUAAUGAUCAACUCAGUGUGUCUGGAUGGUUUGGAAAACAUAUUGAAGGCCGGAGAGGCGGAAAAGAACACAGGAGACGUGAACUGUUAUCUCCAACUGAUUGAUGCCGCGGAAGGGGUGGAAAAGAUUGAGAACCUGCAGAAACACGAAAGCGAUGAGAUCUACGAGAAGGCUUUGAGGAUUCUGGAGACAUACUGGGAUGAAGAAGAAGAUGAUGAGGAGACACAACAACCUCCAAGGUGAUGGAUCUGGUUUUGCAGUUGUGAGAGAACCAAGUUCCAGUUCCUGUUGGAGUCAACUUUUGUUCAUCUUUAUAUUGUGUAAACUUGUUGAAAUUGAGUACAUGAUUCGGUUUCAAGAUUGUACUGGACCAGAUACAGUGAUCAAAUACAUGACUGAUGGUAUG